AUGCAAGCCAUUGAUUGUACAGGAGACAACCAGAUUUUUGAACUACUCCCAAACGAGCCAACCAAGAAAGCUGAAAGGACAUUCUCAAACUUGUACGAGCUGAUGCAAAUACCAUCGUUAUCGUACUCAUCAGUCGGGAUAUUCUUGGCGAGAUUGGAAUCCUCGAAGCAGCAGCCCCAUCGUACUUAUAAGUAUGCUUCGUAG